UUAGGGGACUGUUGUCACUUGUAUUUCAGCUCUUAUAUUCUGUGGAUCCCAAGAACUUCAGGUGACCAUGGGGGAUGUGAGGCUUGUGAGCAGCACACAGAUUUCCAAGACAUCCUUGAUCUUGGAUCAAACCCCUUUAAAAUCUACCCUGCCUCCUGCAGCUCCUGCAUUUACACUGCCACCUAGAAACAGCCGAGUCUCUGUAGGAUCUACAGCAAGGUUUGAUGGAAAGGUGCGAGGUUAUCCAGAGCCCCGAGUCACAUGGUACAGAAAUGGGCAACCUCUUACGUCUGACAAGCGAUUUGAAGUGGAGCAGGGUGUGAGAGGCAUCUUUAGCUUUGUGAUAAAGGAUGUUUGUGAGCAAGACGGUGGAAAGUACACAUGUGAAGCCUGCAACGAUGAGGGAGUACGGCAGGUGACUGUAGAACUGACCGUAGAAGGCAACUCUGCAAAGAAGUACAGUCUGUCAUCUAGCAGCAGUAGGAGCUCAAGUGGUUCUUUAACAAUUCCUCCAAUAGAAAAACGCCCAAGUAUAUGGGGAGAGAGUCCUCCAAAGUUUGUGACAAAGCCGAGCCGGGUAGUGGUAAAAGAAGGACAGACUGCAAGGUUUUCCUGCAAGAUAAACGGACGUCCACCACCAGAAGUCACCUGGUUCAAGGAGGAUAUUCCGCUGCAGGCAGAUGAGCGUAUAAAUAUGUUUGAAAAGUCAGGCAUGUACACUCUGGAGAUCCACGCAGUUAAAAAAAAGGAUGCUGGAGUCUAUACGUGCACUGUGAUGAACAGCUCUGGAAAAAUGUCUGUGUCUACAGAACUCACAGUACAAGGUGAUCUCCCUUCAUGUUCUGAUACAACAGACAGUAUAUCUACUCCUUUGAGGGGCAAUGUUAUUCAGGCAAUCAAAUCCACCAAAACUAAGGAAAUUAACACAAAUGGCUUUAUGGGAAGCCGAUUUGUUGAUAACAGCUCUGAAAGGCAAGGGAUAAGUGAUAUGAAAGUGGGAGGCACAACAUUAUUUCAGAAAGAUAAAUUAAAUGUAUCACCAAAAGCAACUAUUGCAGUUUCUUCUAGGCAGAUUUUGCCCACCUCAAGCAAAACUUCCUCUGAAAAAGAUAUGAUCAUUGCACCUUCAAAUUCUUCCUCUCACGAUCUGCCUGAAAAUUGCCAAAAGCACACGUCCUACAUUAAAACACAAGGCACUACAUUACCAAAAGAGACACUAAAGUCUACAAAAGAGGCACCUUCCGUUGUUUCACGUUAUACCUCUUUAAUAGAAUCACGGGAUAAUCCAAAACUGUCUACAGCCUCCUCUCCUUUGACAUCAAAAGUAGGGCCAAAAAUCAGAGCUUAUGCUUUUGAUAAAGAAAGUCCAUCUCUCUCAUCCAAAGAUUCAUCUUCCAUAGCUUCACGCUAUAUUUCUAACCUACAAUCUAAAAGAAAUUCAACAUUGUCUUCAAAGGAGACAGUUGCUUCUUCCAUUAAUGAGACCUGCACCCUUACAACACAGAACAUUAACAACUCCAAAGAAAUGCCUGUCAACUCGGCAAAUGAGUCACCUUCUUUCUGCACUUCUGUCUUAAACUCAAAAAUGAGGUAUAGCUCUUCAAAAGGAACUUCAGACCUUAAUGAAACAAAUGUUACACCCUCCUCUACUUCAGUAGGUAAAUUAAAUGUACCUUCAAUUGAAAUUCCAACUGCUUCUGCUAAGACUGUCACAAGUUCAGUUGGUUCCUCUUCCAAGGAGACCUCUUGUUUAUCUUCUAAAAAUAUAUGCUCAAACUUAAAAGAGAGAUCACACUCAUUCUUCAGUGACAUGAAAGAUGUGUCUCCAAUACAACCUUACUCUAAUAAAAAGACUUCUUCCAUUAAAACAGUAUCUCCUAUUAACUCCUUAGGACAUACAAGGUGUGUUUCAGCCAAUAUAGAUAUUACAAAAGAGGCCUCAUCAAGAGGUAGCACAUGUCUCACUCCAAAAGAGACAUCUGGGUCCUCCUUAAGGGAGAGUCCUUUCUUCAAGUCUAAACUUUCUUGUCAGAAUGAUUCAAGAGAGAAAUGUGAUGUUUUCUCCAAAAUCACAGAAUAUACUUCUGGGUCUCCCAAUUUCCAGGCUCAGGAAAGCAGAAAAGCACAGGCUAGAGGUGUGGAGUUACCACUAAACAAUGUAAUAACAAAUUGCCAACAGAAAUCCUCCAGUACAAUUACUCUGAAGUCUGUCAAGAUAAAAACGCAACCAGAAGUUGAAUAUACCCGUGGCAUCAGGAGACAAAAGGAAGAAAAAUUAGAUAUAUCGACACAGAGACCUUGUUCUAUAAACAAAUGGACCUCUGAUAGCAUCAAUUCUAGAAAUGAUGCUCCAAAAACUGAUAUUGCAAUUGUUGAAACAGCACCAAUUUUUGAGCGAAGUCCAAUUAAUCAAGAAGUGUCUGAGGGUUGUGAAGUUAUCUUCAGAUGUAAAGUUUCAGGAGAACCCAAACCACACAUUAAAUGGUUUAAAGACGGCUCUCCUGUGGCAGAAAAGGAAGGUGUGCAGAUAACUGAAAGAGGGCCACUUUAUUCUUUGCACUUGUUGAGAGCUCAGACUGGAGACAGUGGAUUAUUCAGCUGUGAAAUAUCCAACAGCAGAGGCCAGGCAUCCAGGAGCUGGACUCUGAAUGUGAAACGGUCAGAGAUGGAGAAAGUUGCCCCAUACUUUGCCCGUGUUUUGCAGAGCUGUUCUGUGAUGGAAGGACAGGAUUUUGUGUUGGACUGCGAAGUACACGGUGAACCGGCUCCUGAAAUCACCUGGAUGUUAAAUGAUCAGCCCAUCCAGUAUGCUCGUUCCACUUAUGAAAAUGGAGUAGCAACACUUAUAGUUCAGGAUACGUUACCAGAGGAUGAAGGUGCUUACACCUGCCUGGCAGAGAAUAGCUGUGGGAAGAUCACCUGUUGUACAACGGUCACUGUGACAGAGAAAAAGUCACCAAAGACACCAGACAGUUCCAGACCAGUUCCUGUCAGUGACAGCUCAGCUCCCAUCUUUCUGAAGGGUCUGGAGGAUCUUCAUGUGAUGGAUGGAAGCCAGGUUAUAAUGACUGUGGAAGUGUCAGCCAAUCCAUCUGCAGAAAUAUUGUGGUUCCACAAUGGGAAAGAGAUUCAGGAGACUGAAGACUUUCACUUCGAGCAGAGUGGCACCCGGUACAGCUUGUACAUCCAGGAAGUGUUUCCUGAGGACACCGGAAAUUACACCUGUGAAGCUUGGAAUAGUCUGGGACAUGCAAAAACGGAGUCCAUCCUGACUGUGCAAGAGCCCCAAGAAGGAAUCCAGCCAUGGUUUAUCAGCAAGCCAAAGGCCAUGACCACUGCCCCAGGACAAAAUGCUCUUAUUUCCUGUGCCAUUGCUGGGGACCCCUUUCCCACAGUACAGUGGUUUAAAGAUGGACAAGAGCUGAGUAACUGUGAGGUCCUUCAGAAUGAAGAUGUUUUUACACUAAUACUAAGAAGAGUUAAAGAGGCUGAUGCAGGGCUCUAUGAAAUCAAACUAAAGAACGCUGUGGGUGAAUGCAGCUGCCAGGUGUCUCUGAUUCUCAGGCAAAGUCCAGCAGGCAGAGAGCUCACAGAGCAGAAGGAGCAGCAGCCAGGCUUUGCAGAGAGAGAUGGAUGUGAACAUGAUGAAGAUUCAUUAAGGUUUAGCAGAGUCAUAAAGAAACCUGAAGAGGAGGAAGAGACUAUUCGUGGGGUACUCAAGAGGAGAGUAGAAGUCAAAGAAAACACAGAGGAGAAGCUUAGGCAGCAGGAGGCACAGCAGCUGGACUUCCGCAAGGUGUUGGGAAAGAAGGUGAGCACAAGGAGUUUUUCUGAGGAGGAAAUAAAAGACUUCCAGGCCGAGCAAAUGGACUUCAGAGCCAACCUUCAAAGACAGGUCAAACCCAAGGCCUUGUCGGAAGAUGAACGUAAGGUACACAGCACACAGCAGGUUGACUUCCGCUCUGUAUUGGGCAAGAAGCCUUCAACCCCAAAAACCCCUCUGCCAGAGAAGGUAUCCUCAAAGCCAGCAACCCCUGAUUUCAGGUCACUACUAGGAAAUAAGAAGAAAAUACCCACUGAGAAUGGCAAUGGUACCAGCAAUAGCAUUAGCAAUAACACCAAUGCCCAUGAGGAUGUCAAACCUCCUUUAAAACCCAAGGAAGAGAAAAAUGAGGUCAACUGCUGUACAGUAGUAGAUGGGGAGGUAGAGAAGAACAAGGUCCAAGUUGUGGGAACACCACCAAUAUUUUCAGAGACCUUGCAGGACAAGCAUUUGGUAGAUGGGGAGAAGCUUGUGCUGCAGUGCCGUGUUUCUUCUGAACCACCACCAACAAUAACAUGGACUCUUGACAGCAAAGUUAUUAAGUCAUCCAAGUUCAUCGUACUCUCCCAAGAAGGCAACCUGUGUUCCCUGACCAUUGAGAAAACAUUUCCAGAAGAUGAGGGUCAGUACCGUUGUAUAGCAGAGAAUUCCGUGGGGAAGGCCGAGUGUACCUGUAAUGUGACUGUAGAAGAUACCUCUGGUCCAAAAGGCAUAAAGAAAAGCAAGAAGCCUAAAAGCAAUUCUUCUUCCACCACCGCCACUACUGAGAAUGAAGGGACAAUUAAGAAGAAACCUGCUCCGAAAACCCCCCCUAAAGCAGUAUCUCCACCUCAGCUGCUACAGUUUCCUGAAGACAGGAAAGUCCGAGCAGGAGAAUCAGUAGAGCUUCUUUGUAAAGUUGCCGGGACACAGCCAAUUACGUGUACAUGGAUGAAAUUUAGGAAACAGAUCAAAGAAAACGAGUUCAUCAGUGUGGAGAAUACAGAAGACACCAGCAAGCUAACAAUCUCCUCAGCUCGACAGGAGCACUGCGGCUGUUACACUCUAGUGGCGGAGAAUAAACAUGGCAGUAAGCAGGCCCAGGUCAACCUCACAGUUUUUGAUAAGCCAGACCCUCCUGCGGGUCAGCCCUGUGCCUCUGAAAUGAAGGGUUCUGCCCUCACUUUGUCAUGGUAUGGCCCAACAUACGAUGGUGGGAGUGUGGUACAGUCCUAUGUUAUAGAGAUUUGGGACUCUGUUGACAAGACGUGGUCUGAUCUGACAACCUACAGAAGUACAUCCUUUAAUGUAGAGAACCUGCUGCAUGACCGGGAGUACAAGUUCCGUAUAAGAGCCACCAAUGUGUAUGGAACCAGUGAACCAAGCCAGGAAUCUGAACCAGUGGCCUACAAAGAAAAGGAAGAAGAACAUAAAGAAGAAGUAGAAGAAGUAUCAGAUGAUGAUGAUGUGGAAAAGGAAUCAACACAAUACGAUUACAGGGAUGUCACCCUAAAUUGCACAGAAAAGGUGACAGAGUAUUAUGAUAUGGAGGAAAGGCUGGGAACCGGAAAAUUUGGACAGGUAUUUAGGCUUGUUGAAAAGAAAACUAAAAAAAUUUGGGCCGGAAAAUUCUUUAAAGCAUAUUCAGCUAAAGACAAGGAGAGCAUAAGGCAAGAAAUCAGCAUCAUGAACUGUUUGCAUCAUCCCAAGCUGGUACAGUGUGUGGAUGCUUUUGAGUCUAAAAGUGACAUGGUGAUGGUCCUGGAACUUGUAUCUGGAGGGGAACUGUUUGAGCGAAUCAUUGAUGAAGAUUUUGAGCUGACAGAAAGAGAGGUGAUAAAGUACAUGAAGCAGAUUUGUAAUGGAGUGGAGUUUAUUCACAAGCAGGGCAUUGUACACCUGGACCUCAAGCCAGAGAAUAUCAUGUGUGUCAACAAGACCGGCACCAAAAUCAAACUCAUUGACUUUGGACUGGCCAGAAGAUUAGAAAGUACUCCAAACCUAAAAGUCCUGUUCGGAACGCCAGAGUUUGUAGCUCCUGAAGUAAUAAAUUAUGAACCAAUCAGCUAUGCAACAGACAUGUGGAGCAUUGGAGUUAUCUGCUACAUUCUGGUUAGUGGACUUUCCCCCUUUAUGGGAGAUACUGACAAUGAAACCUUGGCCAAUGUGACCUCGGCCACAUGGGACUUUGAUGAUGAAGCUUUUGAUGAGAUAUCAGAAGAUGCUAAGGACUAUAUCAGCAGUUUACUGAAGAAGGACAUGAAGACCCGCUUGAAUUGUACUCAGUGUCUGCAACAUCAGUGGCUUCUGCAAGACACAAAAACCAUGGAGGCCAAAAAACUGUCUAAAGACAGGAUGAAGAAAUACAUGGCACGGAGGAAAUGGCAGAAAACCGGGCAUGCAGUGCGGGCGAUAGGACGACUCUCUUCCAUGGCCAUGAUCUCUGGUGCAACUGCAAGAAAGUCUUCUGGAAGUUCCCCAACCAGUCCUUUAUCAAUAGAGCCAGAAGCUAAUGAUGAAGAUAAUAAUCAGGCCUUCCUGGAAUCUGUGUCAGAGGAGAAGCCCCCCAUAAAACCAUGUUUUACCAAGACUAUUCUGGAUAUUGAAGUUGUAGAAGGAAGUGCAGCUAGAUUUGACUGCAGGAUUGAAGGUCAUCCUGAUCCAGAAGUCAUUUGGUACAAAGAUGACCAACCCAUCAAGGAGUCUCGCCACUUUCAAAUAGAUUAUGAUGAGGAUGGUAACUGCUCCCUUACAAUCUCCGAGGUCUGUGGGGAUGACGAUGCCAAAUACAAAUGCAAAGCUAUCAACAGCCAAGGAGAAGUGGCCUGCACUGCAGAGCUCAUUGUGGAAGUGAUGGCGCCAGAGGAGGGAGAAGAAGAGGAGGAGGAGGAGGAAGAGGAGGAGGAAGAAGAGGAAGAGGAGUGAACUUGAAUUUAGCAUCAAAUAUCUGUCAGUAAAAAAUCAAGGGGACUUUCCCUUUUGCCCCAGAUAGAUAGAAAUUCAGAGAACCCCAAGAAGAAAAUAUAUACAUAUAUUUAUAUUUAUCACCAUUUGGAUCUUUUGUCCUCCACCUGAUUAGAUAAGAAAUGUUCCUUCUUUCUAAGGAUAUUUACACAGCUCUGUCACUCAAAUAGACUAUCUGUCCACAGCAGGACACCCUCACAGGGAAAAAAAAGCUUGUAUCUGUGUGACUUUAAAGUGGAAUUAAGUAAAAUAAGAAGAGCAGCAUAAGAUAUGACUUCUCUGUACUACCUGCAUAAGGGCACCAAGUUCUAUUCCUGGGAAACUGAUGGGAUAAAAGGGAGAUGAGUGCAAGUAUUUAAAUAAUAUUGCAUGUUUGGGAGCCGGUUAUAAUUAAUAUGCUGUAGUGUGAAGCACAGCUGAGUAUUAUGAAGCCUGUCUGUUACAGUAUAUGCUCCAUGCCUUGGUGCUUUAUAAAGGGGCCUCAGGAAUGAGUGUUUGAAAUAAAAAAACAAAGAUACAUUCAACCAGUUUAUUAUCCUGGAAUUACCAGGACUGAGGCUAGUAUUACAUAUAUACCCUGACCCAGAAACACAGGAUUUAAUUAGAUUGAUCUCAAACAUUUUUAUUAAACAAAGGAAGAUCAUAUGUUACGGAGUACAAAGACCAAUUCAAAGCAAUUAAAAAGAAAAGAUAUACUUUUUAAUAGAAGGAUAGCGAAUACAGUUUGCUACUAUCUAGUAUUGUUAUUACUAUCAGCUCAUUGGAUAACAUUAUUGAAUAAUAAAGGGAAAGUAACAGUAAUCUUAUGGAUCUUAAACCAUUUGACAUAAAAGUUCACCCUGGAAGCAAAAUAUUAACACAAUUUGAUUGUUCAUAGAUGUGCUGCUUCUUGGCAUCUGUUGUCUUGGGCUCAUAGCUAGGUUUUGAUGCCCUGCUUUAUAUAAAAGCUCAGCCGCAGGCCACAUUUAAACCCGAAGAAGGACAUAGCAAUUAACAGUAUGGUAUUUACUUUCCAGCAUAGUCUGAGGCUUUUCUGCAGUUAAGGUGCAGUUAACAGCAUUGUCAUUGACAACGUUUAAUAAGUUGUGCAAUAAUACAUUUUUUACAAAGGCUGAAAUAUUGCUCAUGACAGUAGCACCGAGGAGCCAGUCUCUAUAUGAGGAGCACUGCAUUGGAUUUAAAUGACCUGAUCUACAAAUGUACCCACGAGUUUAGGUAAUAUAAAUGUGCCCAACAUUUAAGAUCAGGGGUCACAAUAAACAUAAAAAAAAUAUUAUUCACAGAACUUGUAAAUAAAUAUUAUACCAAAAAUAUACUACGAUAUAAUUCUACAUUAAAAUAGCAAUAACUUUAUUAAAAGCAAAAGACAAGUGCCACAAACCUACAUAUUAAUACAGAUGAAAAAACAUAGACAUAGAGAAUUAGGCAGUUACAAAGAAGAUGUACAGUCUGUGUGUUCUAAGUUGGCAAUUGGUGAUGGAUAGAUUAAAACAAUACUGUGGCCCCACGGCCAAGGCUUUAGGCUUGACAACUGUUUAAGUUAAUGCAGCUGAAUCAUUGCACCAUACAUCCUAAUGCUAGUUUGUGCUUCAUGGUUAAUGACAUUUAUUUUACACUGUCCAGAGAACCCAUCCCUGUGCUGCUGGUAUGAGAAGAUGAGUCAGCAUAAUUAUAUCAUUAUGAUGAGGGGAAUCCAAAAGAGGGGUUUAAAACAUCUGUGGAGUCGCAGAAAUCUGAAUCUCUGUUCAUUUAGGGCUCAGUUUUUCUGGGUGCUGGGUUUCAUGCUGAGAGCAUAAAUAUUUCUGUAGUUCUUCCAAGCCUGUUGCCCAGUAUGCAUUAUGUCUUUGCCACAAAAGGAUUUAUCAUAUGUUUGUUCUCCUAAAUUUGGCAAAAUUAGUACCCAGACCUUGCUUUAUUUAAUGACAUAUCCCAAAUAUAUUAUCCAGUUCCAUGAGCCAUCAGAUCAUUGUGUGUCUGUGUGCCUCACCGUGUAUCUGUGUGCCUCACUGUCUGUGGGUGUGUAAUUCCUGACACAACUAUUUUGUAAACACAAUCAGUGUGGUUACACGUUUAAUGUUCCUUAACCCUAUCAAUGCUAGAAAGGCUUUCAGCACUUUAUCUGGUGAUGAGCUAAAAGCCCUGCUAUUACUGGACAAGAGCAGAAGAAAAAAAAAUGCUGUCCUUGAUCCACUUCUAAGGAAGUAUAACAUCAUUAUUUAUUUGUAUUGCCUUCAUUUCACUAUUAACUUUGUUCUUGAGAUCCAAGGAGUCACUUUGUUUUGUAUUUUUACCAGAUGCCACAGUUGGCAAACUGCUUACCAUUCUUGUAGUAAAGAGAUUUUUUUUAAAAAAUACCACAUUUAUUUUGAAAAAUUGAAAAUGACUGUGCAAUAUCACUAUAUCUGCUUCAUAUGUUCUGUUGAAGAAUUUGUGUGUUUUUAAUUAUAAAUUUACUUUUAGUUAUAUCAAACAUGUUACUUGAGUGAACAUAAAUUUGUCCAAGUAAAGAAUAUUUGGGAUUUGCAUGACGUUGAAGUAGAAAAAUAUGAAUAAAGAAUUCAGUUUCCACAUUUUUCCAAAGCAUGUACAUAUUAGUAAAAAUUCUAAAAUGCACCAUUUGUGCAGAGAAUAAAAAAUGUCUUGCUUAAAAGAUUAUGUAAAAAUCCAAAUUUUCUUUUCAACAAACAUUUAAAAACCUAUUUUUUUAAGUUACACAAAUAUAUAUUUUAUGUGAAUAAUUAUUAUUCUGAAGACUACAGGUCUUGCUUGUUAUGAUUAUUAUUAGAAACAUUGAUUUUGAAAGCAAGAAAGAACUAGAAAGUUCAUUGAGUCUGCCCAUGUUUACUUUUGAAGAGGAAGUUUAAUGCAUAUAUCUGGUGUUCUUCAUGUCCCAUCUUACAGUAUUAUCUUCCAAGACCUAGCUGUAUUCAUUAUUCUAAAACCAAAGGCUAAAAUAAAAUGGUACUGGUCUUUUUGGUUUAGACAAAAUGUAAUUAUGUUGUGAAAACUUACUAUGUUUGGAGUGCUAGAUUGUUCCUCAAAAUAAACCAUCCUUAACUAAAAACACCAUUUUUAAACCUACUAAAUUUUAAAUCACUAUUUGAAGUUUAGACUUUCCAUGUUCAAUUUGUACUGGCUGGUUCUGAUUGUGUUUUAUGUUAAGCUGUUCUACAUAAAUAAUAAAUGUUCACUUCACUCUUGGCUACCAAAGAUUUACUGGGACGAUUGACUGAAUGUCAUGUCAUUUGGUCCCUCAAAUGGUUUAUGGGAGUUUGUUGCCUUUUGUGCUGUCAAAAUGCCUCAUUUCUGUGCACAUGAUUACCACUGCUCUUCAUAAAGAACUUGUUUUCUGUACAAAGCUUUUCUCACUAGAUAUAAAUGUGCUUGGCUAAAAUAUGUGUUUACUUUUUUGUUAUUGUAUUUUAAUUAAAAUACACUUUUUUUGCCAAUUUAUAAAACUGUUGGAAUUUGAUGAGCUGAGAUAACUACAUCUGUAGUAACUCAAAUGAUAAAUAAAGAGUACCACAAAGCAUGCUUUAUUUA